AGUGGUGAAAGAUUUCAUCGUUCAGGGUGGUGACCCGACAGGGACAGGCACGGGGGGAGAGUCGAUCUACGGACAACCUUUCAAGGAUGAGUUUCAUCAGAGACUGCGCUUCGUGCGACGCGGUCUCGUUGCCAUGGCGAAUUCGGGACUGAACGACAAUGGCAGCCAGUUUUUCAUCACGCUGGGACAGACCCCUGAGCUGCAGAACAAACACACCGUCUUCGGAAAGGUGGGCGGUAACACCGUCUACAACCUGCCGAAGUUGGGAGACGUGGAGGUGGACAGAGAUGAUAGGCCACUGUAUCCCGCCAGAAUCGUCACGACAGAGGUACUGGGAAACCCGUAUGAUGACAUCAUUCCAAGAUCGCUCGCGAGGAGAAAAGAGGGCGACGAGAGAAAACACAAGAGCAGGUCGAAGGCGACCAAGAACUUCAGUUUGUUGUCGUUUGGGGAGGAGGCUGAGGAGGAAGAAGAAGCCCUGAUGGAGGCUGCCAAGGAGAGGAAGGUCAAGAGUAAGAGCGCACAUGAUCUCGCAAACGACGAUAGACUCAGCUCUGUACCUGCCGUCGAAACAAGUGAACACGUGAAGAGGCGCGGCUCAGAGGGAGAGGAAGCUGCGGAUGAGGAAGAGGAAGAUAAGGUUUCGUCGCGCAUCCGCAAGAAGCUGAAGAAGGACGUGGUGGAGGAAGAGGGACACGAACCUGUGGAACUUUUUGCAGACGAGAAGAAGAAGAGGAAGGCAGAAUUAGAAUCUUUGAAGAAAGAGGCAAAGGAGCUUAGAAAAGAGCUCAAGAGAGAGAGGGCCGGUGCGCCAGCAGAGGAGAAACCUGAGGUGGCAGCGGACACGAACAACGAUGCAGGUGACGAGGGAGACAAUGAGAUGUUGGCAGACAUAAAGAGGCAGAGGAACAAGUACAAGCAGCAGAAGAAGCAGCUGGCGAAGGAUAAGGGAGCGAGAGAGCAGCAGACUCUCGCGCUACUGAAAAAAUUCCAACAGAAGCUGCAGGAGGCGAACGAACCGGCAGCCGACGAUGAUUCUGCGGUUGCCGGGGGCGGCGACGACGACGAUGACGACAAUGACGACGACAACGAUGAGGGAUGGAUGCAUCACCGGCUGGAGUUUGAGGCGCACGAGGGCAAGGUGCGAGACGUGAACGUGCACGAAGCAGACGCCUUCGAGAUCUCGGAUCCUCGUAACCCGAUCAACCAGCGACGACGCGAGGCCAGCAAGCAGAAGUUGAAGGAGAAGGCGUGGUAACCGUUGCUAUGGUGACGGUCGUCAUGGCGACCAUACUGCGUAACCCGAUCAACCAGCGGCGACGGUCUUCGCCGCGACAGUGCCGCGUUCCAUCACCCAGCGAAGCGCCGACAGCGAUUAGAGCUCAGUGAGCAGAAGCUGUGCUAGUAGGCAUGGUAACGGUCGCCACGGCAACCGCACGGCAUCCCAGCGAUGUGGGAUGAUCCAGGAAGAGAAGUUGGAGCUAGCCAGCUGCCGACCGUAUGAUUCCGGAUAUUUUCCGCCUGUCUACCCCGGCCGUGAUGCAUCCGGCUCUCGCGGCGUUCCGUCGUACUUCCGGAAUCGCCACUUCCACGUUAAUUCCGGCUUUGCGUGGCCGCGUACGGGCAGCACAGCCCACAAGAGAUUCCGCACCAACUCCAGGAGGCCAGUCAGUGCCAGGUUUCCAUACGUCUCGUUAGCCAUCUCAUUAGCUAGCAGAUCAUACGCCGAGACUACCGAAUCAUCCCCCCCCCGCUUUAACGAGACUUAAUUAGUCGUUAAUUAGGCGUAAUUACUCGGCGGUUGUCUUUCGAGUGAAAUUCUCGUAUCUGUUUUCAGCUCUCAAGUCUUGCCAGCAAUUUUUGUCCAUCGCGCAUGGUUGAGAUGUCUUGUGUUUUAUGUAUGUGUACAUGUGUAUGUGUAUGUAUGUACAUAUAAUGUGUGUAUAUGUAUAUAUACACAGAUUACAAACUUAGUUGGUUUAGUUUGAGAUCUGAUCAGUAGUAAAUGAUUUUUAAAACUCAC